GGUGGCCGUGCAAUGAGUACCUGUUGCUGUUGUGCUAUGUACAAUGGAUCGCUGAAAUAAACGUGACUGCUACCAACCAGUCAUGGUCUGUUUAUUUUCAGCUGCGACAUUGUCACCCCAGUAGGUGAAGAAGACAGUCCCUUAUUGACCACCAGACCUGUACCCUGUCCACUCACUGUCCAGUCAUACCAGAAAGGACUUAACUGAGUGGAUUGUUUCAAAAGAUGCGGGGAGUAUACCUCUUCGCUGUUCUUGCACUGGCUGCCACAGUUUCAAGCCAGACAACAGAUCAGUGCGCAGCGGUUUCAUGUGAUGUUGGACGAAGCUGUGUGGUAGGACCUAAUGGCAAACCUUCCUGCAUAUGUCCACGUGGUUACUAUGGAAGCACCUGUGAAAAUUCUGUCUGCGCUAAACUGAAGGAGGCUGCCAGUAACUUGGACCUGUGCACACUGUUUGGCUCCACUGCUCCAUGUGUUGGUGACAUUGCUGGUGGGGAGAUCUGCCAGUGCCCCAGCACUCGCAAUGGUGUCUUGUGUGAAGAUGCUGGAGCACCUGGAGUGAGCCUGACUGACUGUCAGCAUCAACAGCGGCUACAGAGCUACAUCAUCUACAUGUUGAACACCACAGACAUGAGGAACGCCACUCUUAACAGUCUGAGAACUAUCAUUGAUACUAAUAAGAUGAAAAGCCUGUUGCGGAACUCCAGCAACCAGGUGCUGCACCAGUGGGAGUGUACUGGGCAAGGCUUCAGCUCAGUCCAGUGUGAGGUCAGUAUGGACAACUUGAACUCUCGGCAGUGCUACUGUGCCAACACAAGAACUGGUGAGAUUCUACCUGGACAUACAAAGAGCUACACCAAACCCACUGACUGUUCAGGAGUUGCAGGCCAGGGGGCAGUUGUAACAGGACAGUUCAAGCUGUACAUGGGGCUGCGUCCAGUCUUCAACAACACCUCCUCUGCCGAAUACAGGGGCCUUGUACGCAACAUCACCAGCGCUUUGUCCCAGCUGUUUAAGGGUCUCCCCAAUUUCAACAAGGUCAAUGUGACAGGUGUGAUAGUUCAAGCAUCAGGAGCAGCUGUUGUUGGCUACCAGCUACAGUUUUCACAGGAACUCACCACAGCUCAACAGAUGAGGUUUCUGAAUGUCUCGUACACCCUCAGGACAGCUGGCCUUGUCAUCGCUGGUGUCCGUUACACACCAACAGAUCCUUGUACCAACAUGACCUGCUACAAUGGGGGAUCCUGCAUGCCCCUGGGGAACUCUACUUCCUGCUUGUGUCACCGAGGUUACACAGGAUACCAGUGCGAGACAAGGAUACCAAACCAGAACAUCAGUUCAUGCUCCCUCACAUGUUACAAUGGAGGAACUUGUGUAGUCCGUAAUGGCUCAAGCUACUGUUUGUGUCCACAUGGUUACAGGGGAUACAACUGCGAGUCAAGAAUGUCAAAUAAGUCUGGCAUGUGCCCACCAAGGAACAGUACAAUGAUCGGCAUUUGUGUGGAAUACUGCAGCUCUGAUGCCAGCUGUCCAGGUGCAGAGAAGUGCUGCUCUCAUGGAUGUGGUCACAGUUGUCAACAACCUAUCCACCAUCCAAAUCCUUGUACCAACAUGACCUGCUACAAUGGGGGAUCUUGCAUGCCCCUGGGGAACUCUACUUCCUGCUUGUGUCACCGAGGUUACACAGGAUACCAGUGCGAGACAAGGAUACCAAACCAGAACAUCAAUAAGUCUGGCAUGUGCCCACCAAGGAACAGUACAAUGAUGGGCACGUGUGCGGAAUACUGCAGCUCUGAUGCCAGCUGUCCAGGUGCAGAGAAGUGCUGCUCUAAUGGAUGUGGUCACAGUUGUCAACAACCUAUCCACCAUCCCAAUCCUUGUACCAACAUGACCUGCUACAAUGGGGGAUCCUGCAUGCCCCUGGGGAACUCUACUUCCUGCUUGUGUCACCGAGGUUACACAGGAUACCAGUGCGAGACAAGGAUACCAAACCAGAACAUCAAUAAGUCUGGCAUGUGCCCACCAAGGAACAGUACAAUGAUGGGCACGUGUGUGGAAUACUGCAGCUCUGAUGCCAGCUGUCCAGGUGCAGAGAAGUGCUGCUCUCAUGGAUGUGGUCACAGUUGUCAACAACCUAUCCACAAUCCCAGUUCAUGCUCCCUCACAUGUUACAAUGGAGGAACUUGUGUGGUCCUUAAUGGCUCAAGCUACUGUUUGUGUCCACAUGGUUACAGGGGAUACAACUGCGAGUCAAGAAUGUCAAAUAAGUCUGGCAUGUGCCCACCAAGGAACAGUACAAUGAUGGGCACGUGUGUGGAAUACUGCACCUCUGAUGCCAGCUGUCCAGGUGCAGAGAAGUGCUGCUCUCAUGGAUGUGGUCACAGUUGUCAACAACCUAUCCACCAUCCCAGUGAAAAUAUGACAAUGCAACCCUGUGUCCCCUUGGUGGGCUAUUCAGGUUUUGCCAACCUGGCUAUCAACUGCCUCACUCCCAUCAUGGCCCUCAACACAACAACUUUAUCCUCCUCUGAUGUGUGCAGGUUGUUUGCCUCCACAAUUGUGUGUGCAAGAAAUGAAUUACGGAAGGACCACUAUAACUGUUCCUUGAUGGAACUUCAUGGCCAGAUGAGAUCCUACUUGGACUUGAUAAAGUCUAACUCAAACAUGACAAUCCCAGACUACUCUCAGUGUCAAGCCCCCACAGGCAACUCCAGCAUGCAGAAGUCGCUGUGUGAGGACUCCCGUGGGCUGGCCCUGUAUGCAUCUCAGUCCAUAUGCCUGCAGUCAUCCCCUGGAAUACCAGACACCUGCAUGUUGUUGAAUGGCUCUGUGGCAUGUCUACAAAUGAUAGUCAAGUGUCCAGUCUCCAGAAUCUAUGAUGCUGUCAUCAACAAUGCCCAAGUCAUCCAUCAAAGGAAAGGUUUUAACUUUUCCAAGUGUCCAGGCCCUAGUGAAGGCGGCAACAUGACUUGCUCCAGCAUGAUAUCCAUGUCCGGGGUGCUGGUGGAGAUGCUGCAGUACUGCAUGCAGCCUUUUGAGGCUGUCAAAACAACUCUCUCUCAGCUGGACAAAUGCAGCAUGUACAAGUCUGGACUGGCCUGUGCAAGCCACAUGGUCCGUAGGAAAGGCAUGAAUUGUUCCCUUGAAGAUAUCCACGGAAUGCUCGCCCCCUACAUGGCGAUGCCCACCAGUGCAGGAUUGAAUUCCACAUUCUUCAAUUUGUCCUAUUGCCCAGUGUCUGCGGCUGAUGAGUACAGCGUGAAGCCGCUGUGCAAUGACUCCUACCUGCUGGCUGUGUAUACCGUGUCUUCCUCCUGUAUGCCCGGACUGGGCGGGCAAGUGGACCGGUGCAGCCUGUUGCCGACCAUCGGCUCCUGUGUGUAUCUGUACACAAGAUGUCCAUCCUAUAUCACUACCCGCGCCCUCAUCGAAAACUCUGCCGCGGUCAGGAGCAGGCUCAACUUUGACUUCUCUUCAUGUUCAGCCCAGGGUGGAGAGACAUACAAGUACAACGACUCUGUUCGUCUUGACAUGGCUUGGCGAAACGAUCUGUUGAACCCAGCCUCAAGCUUCUACUUAAGUGUCAAGUCAGCCAUGAGCAAUAAACUGUUAGCGUAUGCCUACAUUCCUGGAUUCAAGAACCUAACUGUAACUGGAUUUUGGCCUGGAAGUGUUGGCGUGAACUUCACUGUGGAUUUCAGCAUCCCCAUCUCAAACCUAACUGACAUGCUGGUGUCCCUGAUGAAAACCAUAGAAGAUGACACUGUUUGGAUUGAUGGGACCACAUAUAGCUUUGUUAAAUCAGAGAAGGACGGUGUGUGUCCACCGGUGUUGAGGAACAUGACAGGAAGUUGUGUACACGGCUGCACCACUGAUGGAGACUGUGCCAGGGACACCAAGUGCUGCUACAACGGCUGUGGACACACCUGCAUUAGCCCUUACAACAACUCGGCCUCCUUGUGUUUCGUGAAUGACGAGUGUGUCAAUGGAGGCACAUGCUACAGGGGCUACUGCUACUGUACACCAGGCUAUACAGGAACAUUCUGCAAUAAUUUCACUCUGAGUGCGGAGACAUACAAGUACAACGACUCUGUUCGUCUUGACAUGGCUUGGCGAAACGAUCUGUUGAACCCAGCCUCAAGCUUCUACUUAAGUGUCAAGUCAGCCAUGAGCAAUAAACUGUCAGCGUAUGCCUACAUUCCUGGAUUCAAGAACGUAACUGUCACUGGAUUUUGGCCUGGAAGCGUUGGCGUGAACUUCACUGUGGAUUUCAGCACCCCUAUCUCAAACCUAACCCACCAGCUGGUUUCCCUGAGGAAGGCCAUAGAAGAUGACCCUGUUUGGAUUGAUGGGACCAGAUAUAGCUUUGUUAAAUCAGACUCCUUGUGUUUCGUGAAUGACGAGUGUGUCAAUGGAGGCACAUGCUACAGGGGCUACUGCUACUGUACACCAGGCUAUACAGGAACAUUCUGCAAUAAUUUCACUCUGAGUGCGGAUGGAUGUUCCUCCUCCCCAUGUUUGAAUGCAGGGAGCUGCUUGCCUCAAGGGAACAUGAGCUACAGCUGCAUCUGCCCCCGCGGAGCGACCGGCACCAACUGUGAGGAGAGACUGUGUGACUAUUUCAACUCCAAUAUGUGCCUGGGCACGGGCAGUUCAUGCCUUGGUGAUGUCAUCACGGGUGAAAUCUGUCAGUGUGGAAAUUUCAGGAAAGGACUCUUCUGUGAAGAGGAGGGUCACGAAGCUGUUUGGGGCUGUGAAGUCCUAGAACGUUUCUCAACAUACUUGGAGAAGGUUAUCCAAAACAAUGCCGCUCCGCCUCCCAUCAACUCUGCCAAGGCAACCAAUUUGAUUGGAAUAUUGCAGAAGUUCAACCUGACAUCAUAUGUGAAGCCCAAAUGUAACACCCAGAAUCCCUCACAGUACAUCUCCCCCAAGUGUGAGGUGAAUAUGUUUACCAGUGAAACUUUGUGCUACUGUGUGGACAACUAUGGUUACAUCAGAGGGAACAAGAUGCCACAAGCACUCCUGAAUGCAGCUGAUUGUGACAGAGUUGUGAACCCAUGUGAAAGUAACCCCUGCCAGAACAACUUCACCUGCUAUAGCCGUCCCAAUGGGAGCUAUGAAUGCAACUGCCCCCCCAGCUAUGGCUAUAACUGUGAGAAUGUUCCAUUUAACAGGUGUCAGUGUGGCCCUGGGGAGCGGUGUGUGAGGAAAGAACACUGUAAUUCAUCCAGAUGCAGGGAGACAAACAUUUGUGUUGGCUACAACGAAAGCAGCCCCUGUGACAUGAUGCCCUGUGGCGCCAAUGGUCAGUGUGUGGCGAGGGCUGGUCAAGGCUUUUACUGCAACUGCUACGAAGGAUAUACAGGGCUCCUAUGCAAGACCAACACCCAAGUGUGUUCUAUGUUCGGCUUUGUGAACAUCUGCCACAAUGGAGUGUGUGUCGGUGAUGUCAAGAAUGGGAUGUUGUGCAGAUGCCCCGAGGGUCGUCGUGGAGCGUUCUGUGAAAGGCUGGGAACAGCUGCCACCCCAUGCCAGCGCCAGCAAGACCUGACCAGCGCCGUCCUGCGCAUACGGAAUGGGACAAUGACUGUGCCUGGCUUGACCAAUACCAGUUACUUAGUGGAGCGAAUCAUGAUGGAAGUAUUAAACAGUACCCAGCUUCCACUGACGAACUGCUCCGUUAAUGGAGACUUCGCCCCACAGCAGUGUCUGCGAGACAUUUACACCGGUGCUGAGAGGUGUUACUGUGCCAACAGUCAGGGACAGGAGAUUUACACCAAUGUCACCAUAAUCCCAGGUCACCCUCCAUGCACAGCACCUGACCCAGCUGACAUCAGCAAAGUCAUAUGCAGCACCCUGACAAACAUCUGUAUGAAUGGUGGUACAUGUGUUGGAGAGUUGGACAAUACACCCCAGCUGUGUGCCUGCCCUUAUGGCUAUGAAGGAAUCCUUUGUGAGAGGAGAUCAGAAGCUGGAGAGAAACAGGAGAACUACACAAUGUGUACCUUCAGUCAAGACUCCUACAACAUGAUGAUGGCUGUCAUGAACAGGAAUCUCACCCUCAACAUUGGCAACAUGACCAUCGACAGGGACUUUCUGAUGUCCUCCUUCUAUACAGGUAUUAUGACCUCCUUCCUUCCGGUCUCCACCCCUGGCAUGGGCAACAGGACUGUCAUGACUGUCAACAACAACGGCACCACCAGGGUGACAGUCAUCAGGCCCAACUGUACCCUCUCAGGGGAGUUUGCCUCAAUGCAGUGUGAAUACUUCCUGGACUCAGGAGAGAAACAUGCUUGCUACUGCUACAGUCCCCAAGGUAGGGUGGUCCCCGGGACACACACCAUGGCGCCCAGCUUCCCACGUUGUAACGGUACCCAGCCCCAGUGUGAUGAAGUCUUGUGUGAUCUGAACUGUUCUCAUGGAUUAAGGAAGGAUAUGAGAGGAUGCCCUGUAUGCGAAUGUAGAAAGCCCUGUGAUGGUAUGAUGUGCCCCAAGGGAGCCCGCUGUGUGGGCAGUGGCCGUGGUGGACCAGAGUGCAGACGCACCAUGAAACAUGGCAUGUGCCCAAUGGAUUCUAUUCCCACUAUGGAGACUCUGAGGCGGAUGUUCAUGGAGACGAUGCAGAACUGCGACAUGACGUGUCACGAUGAUGCCGACUGCGAGGGGGACAAGAAAUGUUGUGGUAGCUGUGGCAACAAGUGUGUCACACCCUACAUGCCUGAGAACUGCCAGAAGAAGAAGGAAGUCCUGAUGGCACACUGGGACCUGUACCAGAACAUGUCCAAAUUCCUCCAGAAUGACACCAUGACUAGUAAGGCCAACCAGACCUACCCAGCAAUGAUGCACAGUGCCAUGGCAUGGGUCCGGACGACGACACACAUGUGGAGGCCUUCCUGCAACGCUAGCGGAGACUACGAACGUGUGCAGUGCGAGUAUAAUCUGAGGACCGAGCAAAAGGAUCACUGUUUCUGUUCCAACAUGGAAGGCCAACGCAUCAAUGGCACUGACACCAGGCCACCCACGGAUCCAGUCUGCACCGUGAAGCCUGGACACUGCCCCACUGGAAUGGCCAGGCCGACUGAGUGUAGCAUGUCCUGCAAGGGAGACUACGACUGUGGCGGCCAUGACAAGUGUUGCAAUGUGGGCUGCAGUGCCCGCUGCCUCGGGCCCAUGAACGACACAGCAGCACCGCACCAGGUUGCCAAUAUGUCUGCCCUGUUUAGAAGUGUCUGUGUCAGAUUCAAGGACAUGAAUAUCUGCCAGAGCGGCAGCCAGUGCGUGGGCAGCUGGGAACAGGGAGACCUCUGUGCCUGCCCCGUUGGAUACCAAGGACCCUUCUGUGACAGGAUGCUAGCUGAUGGAGAGCCUGCACCCAGUGUUUGUGAGAAGAGACACAGGCUGUUCAACAUGAUCAUGGACCCACGCUAUGCUUACUUCAAGACGAUGUUUAUGACAUAUGACAAUAUGUCCUCUCUGCCUGUCAUGAAGGCGAACUGUUCCGCCCGGGGAUUUAACCCAGUUCAGUGUGAUCACGACAUUACUGAUGGCAGCCGGAAAUGGUGCUACUGUGUAAACGAAUCAGGCGACCCAAUACCCAGUUCACGAGUCCCCAGCCCUCACUGGCCACGUUGUGGAGACAUUCACUGUGAGGCAGGCCACCGACUGUAUGACACGAGCGGUCAUGCCAGGGCCUGCGAUCCACGGUCAAGGCAGUGCCCAACUGGGUACGAGUGUAAAAACGUUGCCUAUGGCAAGCAUGUAUGCUGUAUUGACCUCCAGGGCCACAGUGACGUCUGUCGGCUGACCCCCAACCCUGGACAGUGGUGUGACGCCACAGAGCAGACAUGGUCCAACUAUUACUACUACAACUCCACACUGGGGAGGUGCAAACUCUUCCUGUACAGAGGUUGCCAUGGAAACCAGAACAAGUUCAUGACAGAAAGUGCAUGCAACCAGAGUUGUGCUGGGAAAGAGAAGCCUGGCAUGUGUCCCAUGGUGAGGCCAAGUGGGAACCAGCGUUACUGCAAGGACUACUGCAGGACUGACAGAAACUGCACUGAGGAUAGAAAGUGUUGUCAGACUGGCUGCGGACGGAGGUGCACACUGCCUAAAGUUGAUGAAGGCAACAAGAAAUGCAGAGUGGGAGUGGAGUACCAUCACCCCAAUGGCUCUACGGUCUACUGUGGACGAGGACAGCCUUUAUGCCCUGAGGGUUAUGAGUGUAAUGUGGAUCCUAUGGAUGGACCAUCCUUCUGCUGUCCUAAAGAAACUGUGCCUCUGAAUGUCUGCCAUGAACCCAAGGAGCCAGGCCCAUGCAAGGCAAUGAUGCCCAGGUACUUCUUCAACAGGACAUCAGAGCAGUGUCAACGCUUCACAUAUGGUGGUUGCCAGGGAAACAACAACAACUUCAACAGCCUUGAGGAAUGCUGCAGUCAGUGCGGGACCAACAGAUCUCGCUGUAAGCCCGGCGAGUGCCGCAAGCCUCAGCCCAACUACUUCGCUACAUGCCAGGAUGAAUGUAAAUCUGACUCCGAAUGUAUGGGCAACACUCGCUGCUGCUCCAAUGGCUGUGGCCAUGUCUGUCUUGUACCAGAGAUGACACAGACAUGCCACAUGAAGCUAAGGGAGGCUCACCUGAAACUUCAGCAUCACAAGGGAGGCUGCCCUAUGAUCUCCAUCCCCAGAUGUAACUACAACGGAACAUGGAGAUCCCAACAGUGUCUGGAUAGCUAUGGAAUCUGUUGGUGUGUGGAUUCUCAUGGACGCAAAAUACCAAACACAUUAGUCAGGGGAUAUGCAGACUGUAGUUACAUUCCUGAUAUGGGAAAACCUGAAACCUCUCAGCCGGAAGGGGAAAUGGAUCUUCCACCAAUAUGUGAACAGGGUACAAAGACCCACUGCUGUAAUGCCAGCCUGUGUCACAUGCACUCGUGCCCCGCCCACCCGGCCGCUGUCUGCAGGGUCAACCCCUGUGGUGGCUGCCGCGCUGUCUUCUAUGACCACAUGAACAGGGAGGUCAACUGCAGUGAAGGACUGACGGAAUGUCAACUGCAUCGUCAACGAGUGAAGACUGCCCAUGCCCAGCAUACCAUGAACAAGAUGGGUGACAUGACAAGAAACAUGACAAUGAACAUGACAAGAAACAUGACAAUGGGAGAUCACAUGAAGCCUGGCCAAGUGGAAGAGCCUGAAAGUAUUCCUCCCCACUGUCAGCUGGCCCCCAAACCAGGGAUGUGCCGAGCGUUCAUGCCCAAGUGGUUCUACAACCACACCAGCAACCGCUGCGAGAAGUUUGUGUACGGUGGAUGUGACGGCAAUGACAACAAGUUCAACACAGUUGAAGAAUGCUAUGAGGAAUGUCAUGAAGAAGCUAAUCCAUGCAAGAUGGAGGAGUGUGGUGACCAACAGAAGUGUAGCCUUGGCAUUGACUACAGCUGUACACAUGGCAAAUGUGCUCACUGGGCUGAGUGCAGAUAUGUGUUUGCCAACCCCCACAUUAGUGGCAUCAAUGUCCCAACAUGCUCUGCCGAGAAGUACACUUCCAUGCAGUGUCACCAUGGUUACUGUUGGUGUGUCAGCGGGGAUGGCCAGCCUAUACAGGGCAGCCUUGCAAAGAAGUAUGGCGUGAUCUGUCAGGAUGAUGGACAAUAUACAGUCAUCGAAGGCCAAGCAGUGAACUGCAGCAAUGGGGGCACCCCCAACUUGAGCUGCCUUGAUACCUGCAUGGGCAAGGUGUGUCCCGGCAACCCCAAUGCCACCUGUGUGGUCAACCUGUGCUCACCAGACUGCAGCCACAAGUUCAUGAUGGAGACUGAGGAGGUGGAAACAUGUGGCGAGGAUGAGUGCGCUGUGAUGUAUGCAGAACCCAAGGCCUCGUGUCAAGCGGAGCCUGCCUGCCCCCCCAGAUUGUGCCCCAACGUGUGUGAGACCCAGACUUGUGGGAGGGAUCCAUGUGCCAUGUGUCAUGUGGAUCCAUGCACAUGUCAAGCCGUAUUCACGGACAUGCUGACCAAUGAGAACAUCACUGACUGUACAGCAAUGACCCACACCCACUGUCAGAUGACCCACUGUACCAAGAAGAUGGAGAUGAAGAGAGAGAUGCUGGUGACCGGGACCACCACGGUCUACCUGCCUACAUGUGGCCCUGAUGGCCGCUAUGAACCCAAACAGUGUCAAGAUGACCGCUGCUGGUGUGUGGAUGGUGUCGGUCAAUGGCUCAAGCUUUCAGACUUGUACGAAGUUUGCGGUCGGAAUGAGACAGUGAACAUUGUGAUUACGAUGAAGUUUGACCAUGAGUUCAGCCUUGUCGCCAACAAGAUAGAGGAAUUCAAGAGAGCUGUCAUCAUGUCAAUCAUAGAGGGCUCAGGCAUAGCUGAUGCUGAAGAUUUCAUCAAGGACAUUAGGGUGUACAAGGGGAGCAUCAAAGUGGACACAACCCUGGAAGACAAGAAAGACCUGGUCGCCCCAUCCGCUGAACUGCCUGUCCUGGCAGACAUGAUGGAGAACAGGAUAAAGAGUGGUGAUAUGUCAGUGAAGUUUGAAGGUCAGGCACUGGUGGCCAACUCAGGGCUAUACAGCAGAACCAACCGGUUUGAAGGGCAGCCUCCCACAGAAGAAUCCUCAACAACAGCCAUGCCCCCAGCUGAGCCCGAGCCAGAACCCCUGGAGCAGAAGGUUAUCAUCAUCAUCUCCGUGGUGGCAGGCGUUGUGGGGCUGGUUCUCCUCUCCGUGUUGGUCUAUUUCUGCUGUUGUCAGCGUCGGAACAAAGCAGAGACGGGUUCCCAGAGCGGCUCAAGUGAAUACAGCAUAGAGAAGAAACAAGACCACCAAGCUCCAGCUGUCACCAAUGCCACUUAUGGAAUGGUGUACCCAGGGACAGACAAUCGGUCCUACAAGCAAGAUGAGGACUUCAUCAAAGUCCGACUUUGAGUUAACUCACUUUCAAGAUGGGGCCAUUCUGGGUUUUUUAUAUUGUUGACAUCAAACAGUUUGACCAAAUUGUGAUAUAGAAUCCUACUUAAUUUUGGGGAUGUCUUAAUAGGACAGAUUUGAAGAGAAAAAACAUCCCAAAUAUGUUAACUGUUUAUUUUGACUUUUCUGAGUUCAACUAUUGUGAAAUGGUUGAAAACGUUUGCGGAUGAUAAUGUACACAUUACAUGUCUUUUAUAUACAUUUGAUUGCAUAAUGCUGAUCAGUGUGUGCCUCUUCAAAUAAGGUUUCAUAUCUAGAGUUUGUUUUUCUAACUAUCUUGGAUGAUAUAUUUUUUCUGUUCCAACAGUGAAUAGUUUUCCCCUUAUAAAUACUCUGUGCACCCUAUAGUACAUCAUGACAAUGUUUUUUGUUACGAUAUGCAGCAUGUUGUUGAAUCCACUCAAACUUUCAAUCUGACUAUGUAUAAUCAUUCCUAUGUAUUCAGAAAGGAUCUGGACUUUGUGAUAUUUAGAAAAAUAUGUUUUAUAUGAUUUUUGAGCUACCAUAUUUAAGUGAAAUCCAUCCACAAAUAACUGAUUGUAUAUUGGAGUAAUGUUUCUAGCAUUUCAUCAAGAAGUAUCGUUGACACAUAACAGUUUGACGAGCAUUACAAUCAUUCUUUACUAAAAAUGUUUGUUUUGCAAUCACAUCUAGUUUUUUACCCCAUUAGUUGUUGUUUUUGAGAACUACCUGCAGUUAUAGUUUCUGUCUUUAGACAUAGUGCAGCCUUUAAAAAGUAAUCUUGAUUAUCUUGAUAUACUUGAGAUAAAAUGUUUCCCAUGCUUUAGUAUAUGACUUUGAAUGUAACCAAUAUUGAUUUUACUGUAUGUUCUAUAAUAAUCAGAGUGUAGCAUACAAUACAUUGUAUUACUAACUUACCACACACAAUAAUUCUUUACUAGAGUUUCUACACCUGUUUGUACUAGUAUUUGCUAACACUGCUUGCAUAGAAAAAAAAAUCAGUAUAGAAAUUUGAUAUUUCCAUGUUAAAAAAAGUACAAAGACCAGAAAUAUUGUGUGGACUUAUUUUCUUAAAGGAUAUGUGAACACAUUUAUUAAAUAUCAGUUGAAGUUCAGUUAAAGACUUACAUCUUGGUGGAGCAACUACUUUGGACGCAUGUACAUACAAUGUGGCCACAUAUAAGACUUUCUUUUGUAAUAUAUGUUGUUGAAUCAAUUUUAUGCUUUUGUGAACCUGAAUAAAGAUCUGAUAAAUACUGAAA